GCCGUAUUGAUUAUUUUCAAUUAAAUCGAAUUUGAAGUUAUAUCGAUUUAUUUAUGUUGUACGUGGAUUCGCCAGCCGCGUUGCCAAUUAAACAGCUGACGUGUUAUCGAUAAGUCCCGCCCGAUUUUUGUUAAAUACAGCACAUUUACGGACGCCGGCUCAGUUUAUUUUGUUUAACUUUGUUAAUAAGCUUUUAAAAUGCCAGAAGAGACUGAAGUUGCAAUUGUAGAUAAGCGUAACAAUUUACCUUGGAUAGAAAAGUAUCGGCCUGUUAAAUUUGAUGAAAUUGUUGGUAAUGAAGACACAGUGGCCAGACUCUCAGUGUUCUCCACGCAGGGAAAUUCACCCAACAUAAUUAUAGCAGGACCACCUGGCGUGGGUAAAACGACAACGAUUCAAUGCUUGGCCCGUAUACUGCUCGGAGACAGUUACAAGGAUGCAGUACUGGAGUUAAACGCCUCAAAUGAACGUGGCAUUGAUGUUGUGCGAAACAAGAUUAAGAUGUUUGCCCAGCAAAAGGUCACAUUACCCAAGGGUCGUCAUAAGAUUGUCAUCUUGGAUGAGGCAGAUAGCAUGACAGAGGGUGCACAGCAAUCUCUACGUCGCACUAUGGAGAUUUACAGCAACACCACACGCUUUGCGCUCGCCUGUAAUACCAGUGAGAAGAUCAUCGAGCCCAUACAGUCACGUUGCGCUAUGUUGCGUUUUACCAAGCUCUCGGAUGCGCAGGUGCUGGCCAAGCUGAUAGAAGUCUGCCAGCUGGAAAAGCUUAAGUAUGAUGAGGAUGGCUUAGAGGCUAUAGUAUUUACAGCCCAAGGAGAUAUGCGUCAAGGCCUCAACAAUCUACAAUCGACGGCACAAGGCUUUGGCGACAUAACCGGAGCCAAUGUGUUUAAGGUGUGUGAUGAGCCACAUCCUAUGUUGCUGCAAGAUAUGCUGCAGCACUGCGCUGCUAACGACAUACACAAGGCAUACAAGAUUCUCGCAAAAUUGUGGCGAUUGGGCUACGCACCUGAGGAUAUUAUAGGAAAUAUAUUCCGUGUCUGCAAGCGCUUGAAUGUGGACGAGCACAAGAAGUUGAACUUCAUCCGUGAGAUAGGAAUUACACACAUGAAGAUUGUUGACGGCUGUAACUCGCUGCUGCAGCUAACAAGUCUACUGGCUCGUCUCUGUAUUAUUGCAGAAGCUAAUUAGUUACAACACAUGUAUUUUAAAGUUUCCUUUUAUAUUAAAAGUAAUUAAGAAUUUGAA